UCAAGAACUAUUGAAUAGAUUGAAUUCUUCUGAAAGUCUGGCUUUUCAUGACCAAUUCAUGUUUUCUUCUUCUUCACAGUCGUCUGAAAAUGAAGCCUCUGUGAGAAAUCCAGAUAAUCAGUGUCCUGAAGGCUGGACUCGGUUGGACAAUCGUUGUUUCAUCCUCGGUACGAUACCAAUGAAUUUUACCGCAGCAGAGGCGACCUGCAACCAGUUUGGUGGGAAUUUGGCAUCCAUCCACAACCAAGUGGAAGUAUCAGUCAUUAAUGGGCUCACCUUCAUUCGAGAUAUUUCUGAACCGUGGAUUGGACUCCGGAAUGAGUUCUUGCAAUGUCAUGAACAGGUGGAUUUGGAUUUGUCUUGGACUGACCAAUCAGAAGUUGACUUUUUUUUGAGGCCGUCCGACAAUGAUGGAGAAUGUGGAACACAGAAUGUUGACGACGGGGAAACCUUUUGGAAAUUCUCUCCUUGCGAUACGGAAAGACCAUUUGUUUGUGCCAGAGACGUGUACCAGUGUGUGUCCAUCUGCAUGCAGGAGGUGGGGCCUUUGACCUUCCCGCAAGAAUUACAAUCUACAAAUCCCCUGAUAUAAGAACAACAAACAAAAAAUGAAUAAAUUAAUCAUUCAUUUUAA